AUGGCUUCCGCCAGAUCCGAGCGCGCGCCACCAGCGGACCCGGCAUGGAAAGCCGCCUUCCUGACCACCAAAUUCAAGGCCUACCAACAGGCAAACAUCCAUGAAAAAGCCCUCCUCGCCGCCCUCGACUACGCCGCGACAUGCCACAUCAACGAGCGAGAAGAGUACAACCUCGCCGCCGCGGAAGCCAAGCGCAUGGGAAUGACCGCUGGAGUCCACUUUUCACAAUCCAAGGACAGCCAGCGCAGCCUUGUGGACGUUGGAGAGAGAAGUCUGUGGGAGGAACACGACGAGGCGGAGAAGCGCAGUCGCCUUGUGAUGAUCAUGCGGGACGUUUGUCGCAUUGAGGAGGCUCGGAAGGAAGUUCGUCGUGUAAUGGAGGAGACGAGGGCAAGCUGGGAGAGACAGGCCCAGCAGGGUGACGGUUUUGGGGGUAUGGCGGAGAGGCAGAGGAAGGCGGCGAGGGAUUGUUGUGCUUUGCAGUGA